AUGGGAGUUGUUCUUCACUACAGUAUUUUCUUUAUGCUGUACAUGCAUUCUUUAAGAAUUUGCUUCAGCUGUUUGGAUGGUAAGUCCUUCUCUUUCCGCCUUGUUGUUUCAAUCAUCUUUGGCUCGCUAUUUUCAAAACUGAGCGACAAAAUAGUGAGAAACACAUUUAUCUCUUGAAAGAAGAUAAAAAAAAAUUAGUUAGACCGACUUUAAAAAUUGGAAACAAGAGUAGCUGCACACUAUUCUGCUCUAAGAUACUGCCCAUAAAAAUGACUUUUUUACGGCUUAUGGUUAAUUCUUUAGCUGUGUUGUCUAUCCAGUGCCUGAGUUUUGCUAUUUUGUUAGAUUAUAAAGUUGACAGCGCACUCAAUGUACAACAUGAAAACCUAUUUAAAAGUUAAAUAACAGGAGAUAAGUACGUGCAAGACAAUUUUUUUAAAGAAAUAUAAAAUUGAGUUUCCAUAUUGUCACUAUGGUUUCAUACUCGGAUUAUAAACUCGUUCACAAGAGGGAAGUUGCCAGAAAACAAAUAAUUCUGUUAUUUGCGUAAUAAGGGGAAAAUAUUUUCACAAUAAACACGAUAGAUUACCACUAUUCAAGACAGGUGGGAAUACCUUCUUCCUGUUUUUCUUGUUUCAGCCUUUUGCUUGGCUUUUCCAAAAAAAAUUAUCGUAUAUAUUUUCCUAAAAAAGGGGGUUUUCUUUAUAGAGCUCGACUAAUUAACAGAAAAUUGAAAUUGGCCUUGAGAACUAAGUUAAUUCCACCUCCUUUUUGUCACUAUUUGAUGUACAUUGCUGUUUUAAGCCAGUUUGAUGCGAUUCCAAGAAAACCUCAGCAAGGUUAAUUAACAUACAUGGUAGUUUCAUGAUUAAAUGUCAGAUAAAACAUAGCUUGAAGCUAAGGAGUAUAACCGAAAAUAUAGGUCAUUAUGUUCCAUGAACUACAAUCUUGUUUAUAAAGGACAGUUGCUUUUAAUUGAAGCUCUUUUUGCCGCCAGAAAAGGUCAGAAUUGGCCACGAGCUCCUGGAAUUGCUAAAUGCAAUUGUUUUUCUUUUUUCAAUUCAGGUAAUUGCCGCGUACUGGCGUUUCCGAGUUAUUUCCCAGUUGCUGACAAAUGUUUGGAGAGCCACACGUUCUUAGUUGUCCAACAUGUCCCGGAUAUGGGUCUUUGUGAAAUGCUUUGUUACAACCAACCAAACUGCGUCAGUGUGAAUUACGAGAUCCAAAGACAUAAACGAUGUGAACUGAACCAUUCAACACACCGAGCGCACGAUGAG